GAGAAGAAGAAGCAAGAGAGAACACAUUAUCAUUCACUCUCAUUUAACCAUCAUCAUGGCUGAUGGGGCUGGUGAUGAUUUGUUUAAAGAGCUAUGGAGGUUGUGUGCAGGGCCAUUAAUGGAUGUUCCUUGUGUUCAAGACAGAGUUUUCUAUUUCCCUCAGGGUCACAUUGAAUUGUUGCCAGAACCUACAGAACAAGAAUUGAGGCAGAUGAAGAACCAGAAAUCUCCCAAAUACGAUCUUCCUUCGAAGAUUUUAUGCCGUGUUAUCGAUGUUAAGUGUCUGGCCGAGAUGGAAACCGACGAGGUUUAUGCUCGAAUCACUUUGCAGCCAUCUUCAGAUCAGAAUGAUCCUCUAGAUCCUAAUCCAAUUUGUUCCGAGAAACCGAAACAGAAAUUUUACUCAUUUUGUAAGACACUGAGUACCUCAGAUACUAGCACACAUGGAGGAUUUUCGGUUCUUCGGAAGCACGCUAAUGAAUGCUUGCCUCAAUUGGAUAUGACAAUGGAAAAUCCUACUCAGGAGUUGGUAGCAAAGGAUAUUCAUGGGGUUGAAUGGAAGUUUAAGCAUAUAUACAGAGGACAUCCGAAGAGGCACCUGCUUACAACUGGCUGGAGUGCAUUCGUUGCGGCCAAGAAAUUGGUUGCCGGAGAUUCUUUUGUUUUUUUAAGGGGAGAGAAUGGACAACUGAGAGUAGGCGUUAGGCGUUUGAAUCCGCCACAGAGUCCUACACCUUCGUCCGUGGUGUCGACACAAAACAUGCGCCUUGGGGUGAUUGUUACUGCAAGCCAUUCUGUUAUGACUAGUACCAUGUUUGUGGUUUAUUACAAGCCAAGGACUAGCCAGUUUAUUGUUAGUUUAAACAAAUAUAUUGACACAAUGAACAAUGACUUCAAAAUCGGCAUGCGAUUCAAGAUGAGACAUGAGGGUGAAGAUCCACUUGACAAAAGGUUUUGUGGUACUAUAGUUGGAGUUGGAGAUGAAUCUCGAGAAUGGCCGAAUUCUCAAUGGAGGUCAUUGAAGGUUCAAUGGGAUGAACCAGCAACAAUGCAAAGACCAGAUAGAGUUUCAUGUUGGGAGAUUGAACCUCUUGUUACUUCGCCUUUGAAUACGAUUCAACCGAUGGCGAAGGGAAAAAGAUCAAGGCAUGCUGAGGCUUCAUCUUCUGCUGCUUCAGGUAGCAAAGAAAGCCAAGUAGCUACAAUAUGGCAGCCACCACAUUUGAAUGGCAAUGGAAAUUCUUCUCAAGACCCCGAAAACAACAAAGCCGUCGUCCCGGCCGGUCCAGCUGGCGAAGGCCCGGCACGCGACCACAAUGAAGACAGGAAGAAGGGCAUGGAUUGCUGGUUGUUUGGGGUGAAUUUGACUAGCAGCUAUAGUAAUGUUGUUACCCCUUUGGAGAAAGAACUUUGGUGUGAAGCUUCAACUAUCCUUCAUUGUGGUCCCAAAGAAUCUAUUAUUGUUGGUGCAUGUGAGACUGAGAAGGUUCAGAGUCUCAAUAACCAUUCACUGUCCAACAAGCAGGGCCAUGUACCAUCCAUGAGGACUAGGACUAAGGUGAAAAUGGAAGGUGUAGCAGUUGGUCGUGCAAUUGACUUGACCACAUUAAAUGGUUAUGAUGAACUCAUAGUUGAGCUUGAGAAAAUGUUUGACAUUGAAGGAGAAAUUAUAUCUCAGAAGAAAUGGGCUGUUACUUUCACUGAUGAAGAAAAUGACCUUAUGCUUCUUGGUGAUGAUUUAUGGCAGGACUUCUGCAAAAUGGUGAAGAGGAUUUUCAUUUGUUCAAAGGAGGAUUAA